AUGCGCUUCAGAAAUUCAUGGUUUAUAAACCGGAAGCUUCAUUUCGACGAGGACUUCGCGAAAGGACGAGGGCGUGAGGAGAUCAUGUGGAUCUUGAACAGCGUCUUCAGACACCAUUUGGGUUCUAAGAUCGACAGCUUCAGACUGUAUUUCAAUCACGAUGGCAUGGAGUCCAAAGCUGAGAGCUGGAUCAGGAAAUCGGUUAAAAAGGGAGUGGAAGAGCUCGAUUUGGACUUCCGUCAAGGGAAAGAGCCGUUUCAGAUUGUUUCUGAUCUUAUUGAUGUUGAAUCCAUAAGGGUUCUAAAGCUGUCCUUCUGUGAACUCCAUCUGCCUCUCAAGCCUAAAGAUUUGUGUUCCUUGAACACUCUUGUCCUCAGGAAAAUGUCAGCCUCUGAGGGUUUGAUUCAGACAGUGUUUGCCAACUGUUUGCUGCUGGAAAAUUUGGAGCUACUGCACUGUUCUAAAGUCUUCCAUUUGAAGAUUUCGACUGGAAAGUUGAAAAGGUUCAGGGAGUUGAAGGUGGUAGACUGUAGUGAUCUUUCUAGUAUUCAUAUUUCGGCUCCCACACUUCGCUCCUUUUUCUACCACGGGUAUUUCAGCAAGCUGAGUUUCAAUGGCAGUCUACCACAGCUGAAAGAUGUGAUUCUCUGUUGCCCACCUGCAAGAAGUUGUUUGGAGAUGGUUCGGACCAGAAAUCUCCUACUGAAUCUUGUUCAUGUCGCUUGUCUCACUGUUUCCAGUACAUUUCUUGAGGGGCUAUCUCAAAAGUAUGAGAAGGGAGAUCUCAGAGCAAUGCAGUUCUCUUUAGGGAAUAUGAAGGAGCUUCAUCUGAUCAUGGAUGCAACCAGCUUUUGCAAUCCUCAUGACAUUUCUUCUUUUAUCAGAAACUGCCCAUGCAUCGAGAAGGUUUUCAUUGAUCUCAAUAACUUCUCUUUUGGAUGCGGGUACUACUGGGAGUUCCAUGCCAAGAAAAAAUUCCAAGAAGAUAGCCAGCCACUGAAGUUCGAGUUCCUGAAAUAUGUUAAGUUGAAGGGUUUCAAGUUUGAAAGGCCCGAACUAGAAUUGGUGAGGCUCUUCCUGGAGAAGGCAAUAAUUUUGGAGAAUCUAGCUCUGAUCACUCCCAAAACCCGUCACAUGCAAUUUGGUCAUGUAGAUGCACAAUUCAUAGGACGCAAUCAAGGAGGAAAAUGUCGGGAUAUAUCGGCGAUAUAUCGUGUAUCGGGAGGGGUCGACACAAUAUUUCAUGAAGAAAAAUCGGAGGGGAGAUAUUUCUGUAAAUAUCGCCAAAAUAUCGACGAUGUAUCGGCGAUAUAUCGGUUCUGA